CAAUCCAAUGAAUAAUGGAUCCAAUCCAAAACGACGGGUAUUGUUGAAAUAAAUUACGCCAAAGAAUUUUUUUUCAUCAUUCGUCAGUCGAGUGCAACGAUUCCAUCAGCUCAUCAGCACGAGGGAUUCAUCAAGUCAUUAAUUGAACAGACGAACGGUAGACUGCCCCCAGGAAAAUGCCAAAACACAGUCGUGAUCCGAGUGAAGAUCGAGACCGUCGAGGAUGGCGUCACGAUUCCCGAUCGCUGGAGCGAGAGCCAAAAAGAAGUAAAAAUCGUCGAAAAAGAUCGCGAACACCAGGCCAACGAGACAAAAGUCCCUCUCGAAACCGUCGAUUUCGUAGCCCCAGCAUCUCAACGACCUCAACAUAUCGAGAGAGAAGUCAAUCGAGGGAACGACUCCAUCGUCGUCGCAGCAGAUCGCGAAGCAACGAGAGAUCGUCAAACCGAUACCCCAAAGUUCCAGAAAAAUCCUCCAGAGACAAUCACCAGCCGAAUAAAUCGGACAUUGAGAAAUUGUCAGGUGCCCUGAGCAAUCAGAUCCAGCUGAGUCCAAUGAUCGCGGAUGACGAUCUAAAUGAAAAAAUUCUCCCGGAAUUCGAUCCCGAGUCCAAGAGAAUGAGCGUCGACGAUUGGUUGACUCGAGUGAAUCAUUGCGCUGAUGUUCGUCAUUGGAAUAAUUGGCAGAAAUUAUAUCUAGCUACCCUGAGACUCAGGGGAUGCGCCAGGGGAUGGUACGAGCAAGUAUCGGUAUCAGACACUCCAUUUCUCAGCUGGAGAGAAUUUUCAAUGGCAAUUGCUGAAAAAUUUCCCUUUACCAAAACCGUUAGCUUUGGGGAAUCACUCGAGGAAAUGGUCCAGUUCACCAGUGACUCCAGCGGCAUGAGUAUCAAAGCUUAUUAUUACGAAAAGGUCAAUAGGAUAAACAGGUUAAAUUUUGAGGUGAGUGAGGAAAAGAUAUUUGAUCUGGUUGUUCAUGGAAUCAGUGAUGCUGAUGUCAGGAUGAAGACGUGCAUCUACUGCAGGGAGAAGAGUCUCGCGGAGCUCGAUAAGUUCUUUGAUAUUUUCUUCGGGAGCGAUGGCCGGAGGAAGAAUGAGGGUGGUGAGGAAGGGAGCAAGAGGAAUGGGAAGAAUCAUUUGGCUAGGAAUUUUAGGAAGCCUGAUAGAGCCAAUGGUUGCUUCAAUUGUGGUGAGCAUGGACACAAGAAGAGGGCAUGUCCUGGAUUACGAAGGGGUAAUUCUCAGGAUUGAGGGGAUCUCUACCCCUGCAGGGAUUUACUCCAACGAUGAAGGGUGUCCUUGUUGUUCAGAUUAUCCUGGAGGUGCUGGAGAGGAUUGUGCAUUUGGAAAUUGCAGAUUUCUAGGGUCGGAUUAUUCUUCAGGAGUUGGUUCAUUCAAGCGUCAGUCGUCGCUCGAAAAAUUCACGGGCAAAUCAAAUUUUUGGGGGAAAGCAUUUCAGUUUUUUUGGAUUCAUCCAUUUUUAUUUGUUUAUCCCAUUUUUUUUUUAGAAAGUCAUGGAGUUUUUAGGUAAUCAGAGAUUUUUCUGAAUGAUUUAUUACUUUAGGGUAUUUUCAGAGGGAAUUAUAUCCAAUUUCCUAACGAAUUUGAUUUUUCAGUGAAUUUUUUUCUUAGGAUAUAUAAUGUAAUUAGAAUAUUUCAGAUAAAAAUUUAUAAUCAUAGGUAUGAAAAAUAAUUGAUGGAUACAGCGGCCUGUACGAAUUGUUCUGAGAUCUUCGCGAUUGAAAAGUUUAUAAAUUUCUCUUUUUUAUAAACUUGAGACAGAUAAUGGGCCCGAUGGAAGACAGAUAAUGGGCCCGAUGGAACAAUUUGUAUUGGAAAAUCAACAGCUGUUCUCAAUUUUUCAUUCAAUUUCACAUAGAAAUCGAUGCACAAGUCAUUUUUUAAUAAAUUCCCGUAGAAUUCUCAAAGGUCCAACGACUUUUCAAUAGAAUUUCGUAAACAUUCAGUUUAUUUAUUGCAUUUUUCCAUAUUUAUUCUCGAAUUUUCGUCAAAGGGCCGUUUAUAAAUCUCAAAUAAUUUUUACUCUCAAUAUCUCGAGCUCAACAUUUCAUUUUUAUCAUUACGAUUUUUUUACUCAUCGCGCCCAUUUUUUUUCAUCGAAUUUUAUUGAUCCUACGAAUAUGUUAUUUUCCAAGAUGUAGUGAUUGUACUGAUCCAUGUACAAUAAUUUUUUUCUUCAUUUUUUUUUUCCACAGGCAAGUGGAAAUUUUGUAUUACGAAUCAGUGAAAAAGGAAAAUCAACAUUUUCUCGUACGUCAAACGGAAUGUGUUGAGAGGAAUUCCAAAAUUACCAUUCAAUUGUAAACAUCUCGUCGUAGAUUUAAAAGGGCGUAAUUACAAUUUUUCCAUUGAGGAAAUUUUCCAUUUCCGGUCGGCAAAUGAAACUUUUUCCCAGAAUUUUCCACGAAAAAUUGUGAGUAAUAAAAUGAAAUUUCCAUUUGCAGAUUACAUACGCCCUUUUCACUCUACGUCGAUAAUCUGCGGUAAAAAUCACUUUGUCGUUUAUACAGAAUAAAACGAUUAUUUUUCAUAAAGAA